GUGUCUUCAUGUGUGUGUGCAUGUGUCUGUGUGUGCACGCUCAUGGGAGUGAAUAUGGGCUUGGCUGUGCUGCUUGUGGCUCUGAGUGCCUGUGGUUUUUCUUCCCAAUGAGCCGGGCUGCCUGGAAUGUCCGAGUCACCAGGAAUGGCAGCCAAGAUCAGAUCCUCAGUGCGGGCCGUGGGGCCAGCUGACCCGUCUUGCUCCACCCCAGUCCCCGGAGGGGCGGUAGGAGGAGGGUCCAGGGCGCUGGUUUGGCUGGGGGCUUAGCCAGAGCACGGUGAUGCCAGUGGCUUUGUCCUGGUUUGUCCUCUUCCCAGAGGGAGAAAAAUGCCAGGCCAUGCUGGGAAUUAAGUCACACACCCACAGCUCUGCAGACCCCCCCCGCCCCCGAGCGAGCAGAGGCCCCACAGUACCAGCCCAGGAAGGGGCAGAAGAGGCACAGGUCAGUGGCCCUGGGAGGAGCAGGUGACCUGGUCACUGCCAGGCCUGCUCUCCUCUAUGGCUGUUUCCUGCUAAGGGCCAGACAGGGAGGGUCAGGGAAGGGGCCUGGUGGCCUCCUUGGCCUUUUGCUCCUUGCCCAGGGCCCCAGGGGGGUCAACUGCCCCCACGUGGCCCUCUCAGAGGUCAGGGCCCUCUCAGACGACAGCCUCUGGCCUGCAUCUCAGCUGGCUGGGCCCCCGAAAGUGUGGCUGGAGGCCACUGCCUGGAGAGGAAUGGCCCUUCGGAGUGUGGCGAGCCCUGGCCUGAGGCUGUAGUGCGGACCAGGCACCCCUCUCAGCCCUGCACCUGGAGCCGGGCCCUCCCAGACCCGAGGGCCAACCCUGUCCCCCCACCAAACUGCUGUCCAUCCUCCCUCCACAGGGAGAGAGGGAAUGGGGAGAGUGAAAGAAGGAGCCAGAGAAGGAGCCAGAGACUGCAGAGGCCAAGGCCCCAGAGUGUGCGAUGGAGACAGACAUGGGCGGGCGGGCAGCUGCCAGCACUAACACAAACCAGUUGGAAAAACAGGAGGAGAGGCCAGCAGAGGCCUCGAGGCCAGCCAGGCUCUGCUGUCCUUCUGCACUCAGGGUCCUCGGUGCCCGCCGCUGCUGGCAGCUCCGUGGUGUCCGAGUCCGCGGUGAGCUGGGCGGCGGGCGCCCGGGCGGUGCUGCGCUGCCAGAGCCCGCGCAUGGUGUGGACCCAGGACCGGCUGCACGACCGCCAGCGCGUGCUCCACUGGGACCUGCGCGGCCCCGGGGGCGGCCCCGCGCGGCGCCUACUGGACUUGUACUCGGCGGGCGAGCAGCGCGUGUACGAGGCGCGGGACCGCGGCCGCCUGGAGCUCUCGGACUCGGCCUUCGACGACGGCAACUUCUCGCUGCUCAUCCGCGCGGUGGAGGAGACGGACGCGGGGCUGUACACCUGCAACCUGCACCACCACUACUGCCACCUCUACGAGAGCCUGGCCGUCCGCCUGGAGGUCACCGACGGCCCCCCGGCCACCCCCGCCUACUGGGACGGCGAGAAGGAGGUGCUGGCGGUGGCGCGCGGCGCGCCCGCGCUCCUGACCUGCGUGAACCGCGGGCAUGUGUGGACCGACCGGCACGUGGAGGAGGCUCAACAGGUGGUGCACUGGGACCGGCAGCCGCCCGGGGUCCCGCACGACCGCGCGGACCGCCUGCUGGACCUGUACGCGUCGGGCGAGCGCCGUGCCUACGGGCCCCUUUUUCUGCGCGACCGCGUGGCCGUGGGCGCGGACGCCUUUGAGCGCGGUGACUUCUCGCUGCGUAUCGAGCCGCUGGAGGCCGCCGACGAGGGCACCUACUCCUGCCACCUGCACCACCACUACUGCGGCCUGCACGAACGCCGCGUCUUCCACCUGACGGUCGCCGAACCCCACGCGGAGCCGCCCCCCCGGGGCUCUCCGGGCAACGGCUCCAGCCACAGCGGCGCCCCAGGUCCAGACCCCACUCUGGCACGCGGCCACAACGUCAUCAACGUCAUCGUCCCCGAGAGCCGAGCCCACUUCUUCCAGCAGUUGGGCUACGUGCUGGCCACGCUGCUGCUCUUCAUCCUGCUCCUGGUCACUGUCCUCCUGGCCGCCCGCAGGCGCCGCGGAGGCUACGAAUACUCGGACCAGAAGUCGGGAAAGUCAAAGGGGAAGGAUGUGAACUUGGCGGAGUUCGCUGUGGCUGCAGGGGACCAGAUGCUUUACAGGAGUGAGGACAUCCAGCUAGGUGAGGCAGUUGCUGGGACACGAGAGCACAGGCGCGACUCCCAGGCCGGGGCUGGGAAGUGCAUCCUGGGAGGGGGGACCUCAGCCUGCUCUCCUCCCGCAGAUUACAAAAACAACAUCCUGAAGGAGAGGACGGAGCUGGCCCACAGCCCCCUGCCUGCUAAGUACAUCGACCUAGACAAAGGGUUCCGGAAGGAGAACUGCAAAUAGGGAGGCCCUGGGCUCCUGGCUGGGCCAGCAGCUGCACCUCUCCUGUCUGUGCCCCUCGGGGCGUCUCCUGAUGCUCCCAGGCUCACCCCCCUUCCAGCGGCCGGUCCCGCUUUCCUGGAAUUUGGCCUGGGCGUACGCAGAGGCCGCCUCCACACCCCUCUCGCAGGGGCGUGGUGGCAGCAUAGCCCCCACCCCUUCAGCCUUUGCUCACUGGUGGCCCUGCCCACCCCUGGCACAACCAAAGUCCCACUGAUGCCCAUCAUGCCCUCAGACCCUUCUGGGCUCUGCCCACUGGGGGCUUGAAUUCAUUCCUGGAGAACACUCCCAUCAGAACCUGGCAGCCCCAAAACUGGGGUCAGCCUUAGGGCAGGAGUCCCACUCUUCUUGGGCUCUGCUCGUUGGGGGCUGGGAGACGUUCCCGGAGGAGGACACUCCCAUGAGAACUUGGCAGCCUUGAAGGUGGGAUCAGCCUCAGGGCAGGAGUCCCACUCCUCCUGGGGUGCUGCCUGCCGCUGAGAGCUCCCGAGGGCUCCUCCGCCUGUACCACCGUGCAGGACUCCAGGCACCAUCUGUUCUCCCCAGGGACCUGGUGACUUGGUGAAUGCCAGCCCUUGCCCCUCUGUGCUGCUUUGGGCCAUCUGGGGCUGCACCCCCUGCCCUUUCUCUGCUCCAUCCCUACCCUAGCCUUGCUCUCAGCCACCUUGACAGUCACUGGGCUCCCUGUGACUUCUGACCCUGACACCCCUCCCUUGGACUCUGCCUGGGCUGGAGUCUAGGGCUGGGGCUACAUUUGGUUUCUGUACUGGCUGAGGACAGGGGAGGGAGUGAAGGUGGUUUGGGGUGGCCUGUGUUGCCACUCUCAGCACCCCACAUUUGUAUCUGCUGGUGGACCUGCCACCAUCACAAUAAAGUCCCCAACUGAUUUUUA